AUGCGCCAUGGUAGCUGGGCCGUGUGCUUGGCGAUGGCGGCGCAGAUGUGGCUGACGAGGAUGGAGAGAGUGGGAGCCGAUGCAGGGAUUGGAGUCUCAGCCAUCAAGACGGCAAAGGACCUCGACGAGCUCGAGAGAGCGACAGACAGCUUGCUGGUUGCCUUCUUGUCAUCACAGUGCGAACGCAGCAGGCAACUGAUACCCAACCUCAAAUGGGCGGCCAAUCAGCUUGCACAGGAAGGACUGACGCAACUUCACCUCUCCAUGGUGAUCCUGGAGGAGAUGAGCCCCGAAGAUCGCAGGAGUCUCGAGGACAAGUACGGGGCCACAGAUCUCCCUGCUGUCAAGUGGGUCCACAAGGGAGAGAUCCUUUCUUAUGACGGUCAGACUUCUGCCAACGGGAUCCACAAGUGGGUCAGGGACACCAUCGCGAGCUUCGAAUUCCCGGAUAGAAUGAGGCAUUGUGACGCCUGUCGACGGAGUUUAGAGGCGAUGCAUCAUGACUGGGGCCCCCUCGUCUCCCGGCUGGCUGCUGCCGGAAUCAUCAGUCCGGGAGGGACUGCAAGUCUUUCGAGUGAAAAUGCAGAGUCAUCCAACGCAAUGAUGAAGAUUUGUUCCUCCUCGUACAUGAACGCUCUUAGCAACAUCUCCCGUGCUGAUUGUGCGAGAGUGUGGCACGGUCACAAGAUCGUCUCACGGCACUUCAGCCUGUUCGCUUCUUGGUGCAAGAGAUCCAGCGAUCAGAGUCGGGACCUUUCGAUCAAAGAGAUUCAGGACUGCGCUAAUCAGUGGUCCUCCAAGGUGCCGAAUGGACGGCUGGGACUACACGAGAAGAUCAUGGGCUUCUGCUCAGACGAGCCGGGCUCUGUUAUGAAAGUAUGCGGCUUUGAGAGAACUGGGUGGCAGGCCAAGAAGAGGCUGGCCAGGAGCGAGCAGUACCAUCCGACAGUAUGUGAAGCUUGCGAGGGGAUCGUUGAUGAUAUGGCCUUCGUCCUCCGCACCUCCAGUUUGGGUCAAGCUCCUGCUGCUGCCUUGAGGAAGCGUUCGCUGGACCUCUCAGAGCUGCUCGAGCCACUCUGCACUGACAGCUACAACCGGCAUGAGGGCGAUGCGACUGAGGGUCCAGCUCGAGACUUCCACGAGGAAUGCGCAUUCCUGUUUGACAACUAUGAAGACGAGGUCUCUCCAGCUCCUCCUCCAGCUGCUCCUCCUUGA